AACCCCUCUAACUCCCCUCCCCUUCCCCCGCCUACUUCAGGUUUCUCUCUUGCCGAUACGCAUACUGAGAUUUACACAAAAGUCGUGCACGAACCCAUUGAACUGCUGAAGUUGGCCAUUCCUUCGGGCCUCUAUACGCUGCAAAAUAAUCUUCUCUUUGUGGCCUUAUCCAAUCUCGAUGCUGCGACCUACCAAAUAACCUACCAACUGAAAAUCUUCACAACCGCCAUAUUUAUGGUUGUUAUGCUGCACAAGCGUAUUUCUCUCCAACAAUGGGUGUCUCUUGGGAUUCUUCUCUUUGGAGUAGCCUUUGUUCAGCUGGCGCCGACUUCUGGCAGCAGCUCCGCUUCGGUAUCCAAGGAGACUCAGAGGCCCAUAUUGGGCCUAUUUGCGGUGAUUACGGCCAGUGUAUCGAGUGGUUUUGCUGGCGUCUAUUUUGAAAAAUUGAUGAAAGAUACUGCUCCCUCCCUCUGGGUCCGAAACAUUCAGUUGGGUUUCUGGGGCUCCAUCCUAGCCUUUAUUGGUGUCUACCUGACAGACCAUAAGGCGGUUGCCGAGUACGGAUUCUUCCAAGGUUACAAUCUAAAUGUGAUCCUUGUGAUUGCCCUCCAGUCCUUCGGUGGUCUUUGUAUAGCCGUAGUCAUCAAAUACGCAGACAAUAUUCUGAAGAUAAUCCAUGUUUUCUUUGGAGAACAUUGUUAUAUGCCUCUGGGCAUUCUAUAUCGGUAA